CGAGAUCCCCGAUUUCCCCCCGCGCCGCCAGGCCACCUUCGGGCCCACCCGCGGCAGCCUGGAGGAGCUGAGCCAGACGACGCUGCAGUCCUGGGUCAGGACGCAGCUGCAGGCCCCGGCCGAGUCGCACCGCGAGUACUACCGCAAGCGGGUCAGCAGCAGGCGGACCCUCAGCCCUCUGGUCGGCUCGCCGCGAUCGCUGUGCGCGCAGGGUUCCCGCUGGCACUCCUUCGCGUUCAGUGCCGCAGACGUGGGGAAGCCCAUCAGCAUCACGGGCAACAAGAUCUACGUCGACGGCGAGCACCGGAGCGACAUCGACCCCACCUACUCUGGAAACGGCCUUGCGCCCCCCGCCACGUGCACGGACAACGCGCCCCCGUGGAUGGUGAACGACAAGGGGAGCUGCAGCGCGUACGAGAUGCAGACCUGGACCUGGCUUUGCGGCGGCGCUGCUCCGGGCGACGCCUGGGCACUGAACAUGUAUUGCCAGCAGUCCUGCUUCGAUCAGGGCAACAGGUACGGGACGGACGACUGCUCUCCAGGCUGGGUCUCCCUGCAAGACUCCGGCUACCUUUGCAGCGUCGAGGAGGAGUUGGGCGGCCUCCUGACCAUUGGAACCUCGUCGUGCGGCAGCACGCGCUAUUUCCUGAACCCGGCCAUCUGGUUCUCCGGUUCCCCCGGCGACCCCGACGUGUCGCUGACGUUCCACGAGGUCAGGCCCGGAGUCAUCACGCUCGCGCAGCGCCACGGCGAGGCCGGCGCGUCGUGCGACCUGGGCCGUUUCGUGCACCACGGCGGCCAGUACUACCUGUCCGACCCGAGGCUGGAGCUGCUCCAGAACGACCUGGCCUCCCCCUCGGGCGGCGACCAGAACACCUGCCGCGCCGUACCCAGGACGUUCCUCAACGAGGGCAGCUGCCAGCUGCGCGCCGCCUGCGGCGCCCUCGCGGUGGGCGGCACCUCGCCCCCGGCGGCCUUCGUCCUGAACGCCGCGACCUUCCAGCUCUUCCACGAGUCGUCGGCCCAGAGGUACGUGUACGAGGUCACGGGCCUCGUCGACGUCGCGUCGCCCUGUGGGAGGCGCUCGCGGUGGAGGCUCCUGGACUGCACCUCGGAGGCGUGCAGCGAGAGCGUCGGGAGCGCCACCGAGGCCGCCGCCGUGGCCGCGGCCCUCUCGCGAGAGGCGGGCUCCCUCCGCGACGUGUACGUGAGCUGCGAGAGCGUGGCGGCCGGUGCCGUCGUCCGGGUUGGCGCCAGCUACUUCAUGCACGUGCAUUCCAACGAGCACAACGUCUACGACUUCACGAGGUGGGUCAGCGAGCACCCUGGCGGCACGGAGCCGAUCACGCGGUGGGCCACGGGCGACUUCAGGCUCGAGUUCCCGUCCUGGCACCCGAUGGGCCGUUGGGCCUUUGCACAGCCGUCCAUAGAGUACAUCGGGAGGCUGGGCGACACCGUCGACUUCGAGACCCUGCCGGUGGCGCUUCAGGCCGCCUGGACGGUGGGCUACGAAUCGUGCGGGUCACCUGGUGAGGUGGCGAACGAUCCGAGUUUGGGGCAUCACUUCAGCUUCUACACCAGCUACACCUCGGAUCUCAACGACCUCAACUUCGAGGUGCCUUUCUGGAGGCCUUCAGCUGCGCUCUCCAGGACACAGGUGUGGACCAUGAUGGCGCUGGAGGCAAACGACCAGCUACGGCAACGGGCUGCCUGGGCGCUCUCUCAGAUCCUGGUGGCAAGCACGAGCGGCCUCAAUUUUCACGCCAGCCAACAGUCCGAGUUAUGGGUGAACUACUACGACAUCUUCGUGCGGAACGCGUUCGGCAACUACCGCGAUGUGCUCAGGGAGGUCACCUACAGCCCAGUCAUGGCCGAGUACCUGACCUACAGGCUGAAUUGGGCGCUGGACGUGAGCGGGACAUACCCCGACGAGAACUACGCGCGGGAGAUCAUGCAGCUUUUCACGAUAGGCCUGUGGGAGCUCAACCAGAACGGCACCAGGAAGACCGACGCGGACGGGGCUGCCGUGCCCACGUACAGCAACGACGACAUCAUGACCUUCGCGCGCGUGUUCACCGGCUUCUCGGAGCAGGCCGAGCGCCCCAACAUCGAGAGCUUCGACCUGGGGGGAAGGAACAUGGUGGAUCCGAUGAUGAUGUACGGGGUCUUCCACGACGUGUACCCGAAGCCGGGCCUGCUCGGCGGCUACCUGGGCGACGGCUACCCGCUGUGUUCGGACCUCCCUUCGGGAGCCUUCCUGCGCGAGGGGGCGAGGUACAAGUUCGUGGGGUACGCCUACUCGGGAAGCGAUACGCCGCUCGUGCUGGACUCCAGCUCGCCACUUUACGCGGCGCUGGCACAGGUGCAGCUGAGCGUGGUGCUCGGCAGCACCAUCAGCUGCCACGCCGCGGAGUGCGGCAUGCACACCGUCAGCGUGGUGCAGGUCGGGGGAGGUUACUACCAGUACGUCCCGCCGACCUGCGUGCACCUCUACUUCUUCAACGGCCAGAUGACCGCCCCUGCCGGACACGUCACCAACUCUGCGUGGCACCAGUGCAAGGACCCGAGCCAGAGCGUGGGCGGCGUGGCGUGCUGUAAGGGCUGCACCGACGACCCGAACCCCUGGCUUACAAACCAGGGGGCAACCUGUGCGGACUUGCCCACACUGAAUCCAGGACUGAUACAGAACGGUUGCCAUUCGCAGUCUUGGUGGGUGACUGCGAACUUCUGUCAACUGACCUGUUGGGAAAACGGCGCCGGCUACAUUGGCGACAACUGCUCGGACGGGCUGUACCAGUCGGCGAGCGCCUGCGGGUACUACCAGGAGAAGGUCCCGCUCCAGAUUGCCAGCGCGAGGUGCGAAAGCUUGGGCAUGCACGUGUGCGACAGCGACACGACCAGCAGCGAGUGCGGCCACGACGACGUGCACUUUCACGUGUGAACUCCGCACAGCUGCACCGUCGACGUGGAGGUGCGGGCAGACGGCACGGUGGCCCUCCAGUGGGACUCCAAGACGAUGCAGAACCCGAUCCGCGUGGCAUGGGCCGACGGGUUCCCGACUCCGGGCAGCUGCCCCAGCGAGUGCACGGGCAGCAGUUCUGGGUGCGUCUGCCCCGCCACCGUGGAGUCCCGGGCCGUCUUCUCUGAGGUCCCGAGCAGGGCCGAGCUCCUCGGGGAGGCGUCCCGCCUGCGCAUCGGCGCGUUCGCGCCUUCGGCGGCCACCGCCUGCCUGGCCCCCUGCGACGGCGAUGUGAAGGCGCACGUGCCUCCCGGGAGCGGGAACGUGGACGAGGACACGGUGUUCGAGUGCGACGGGGCCUACUACAAGAACAUGGAGAGCGUCGUGGGAGUGGCGGGGCACAGCUUCCGCAACCCGCCCGUGUUCGCGAUCGCCAAGGAGAUGACUGGCCGCUGGGUGACAGACGAAGAAGCUCUAGCUGAAGUGGAGGCCCUGCUGGACCACCUCUUCCGCCACCCCAACGUGGCGCCCUUCGUGUCGUACCGGCUGAUCCAGCGCAUGGUCACGUCCAAUCCGUCACCGGCCUACGUUUCCGCUGUCGCUCAAGCCUUCAGCACCGGCGAGUACAAUGGCGAGACGUAUUCUGCCCAGUACGGAGACUUGGGAGCAACCUUCGCGGCUAUCUUGUUGCACCCUGAGGCUAGAGGAGAGGAUUCGAUUGGUUCUGUGGGCAAACUGCGUGAGCCCCUGGUGAAGCUAUUGCACUUCCUGCGCUCCAUGGAAUACAUGGAUCUUAAAGGGCGCCAGGUCUUGAUGAACAGCCUGGAGGACGACAUUGGCCAGUGGCCCUACGCGGCGCCCUCUGUUUUCAAUUAUUACGACGUGGAGUAUGCCCCACCAGGCCUGUCCGACGGCCUUGUUGCGCCCGAGUUCGAGAUCUUCACGCC